CGUGCUAGACGACGGACGUCGGGCACAUCGUCGAGCUUUACUACUCGUUCGCGACUCUAAACGCGGCUUCGGGCAACGAGACGACAAAACUCUUUCCAAGUACCGAAAAUAUUUCCAAUUAAUCUUGGAAUUGUUUGACGAAGUGCGCGAUCGACGAAAAUUCUUGGUGCUAUUUUGAACUCAGGAUACAGGACGAAUCGUCGAAGAGUCAAUCGAGUCAAGGUCGAGGUCCUAGAAUCGGUCCAAGGACCGUGCCGCGUCUCCUGCGGGAAAAGUUUGGAAAUUGUGCGUCCCUCGGGCUAGUGAUUCGAUCAGAUACUAUCCGAACGUGAUCGGGGGAGUCAAGCCGAGGUUUGGUUCGUUUGUUUACGCGGGCGUGGGGUGUCAGUGAUCCGUCUACUCGUGGCCCGGUGUCUCCUGUCCCCUACAAGGUCAGUUUCCUGCGAACAUUAGCGUAUAUUUACCCUUCUCGGAUUACGCGGGGUCGAAUCGAACGAUUUGACCAAUCGAUCAAUCGUCAGGUCGUGACUCCUCGACGGUGGCUAUCUGUAGCCAAGGUAUUUAUUCCGCGCGUUUCCUUUGCGUCGGCGUACUCGGGAGAACCCGUUGACGUCGUCUCGAACCGACUAACCGGGCAACAGGUUGGAAGAAUCGCGAUGAGACAAACGAGCCGCCUAAAACCGGGCGACAGCCAGUGAAAAAGGAAAGUGAAGAGGAAAAGUCGAAGAUUCCGUUCAAGACCCUCGAGUGUCUCCCAUCGAGUGCGAAGAGAUACGUGACUGGUUUCUUUCUUUUUUUUUUUGUUUCGUGUCGUUCAUUGGGCCUCCGUGGCCCCGACGAAAGAAUCCACGGGAAGAUGGCCGAGGAAGAGAGACACACGGAACCGGAAGCUAAGGAAGUGCCAUCGGAAUCCGUGGAACGACAAGUUCCUCUCUACCCUAUCACGGUGGAGAAGAAAAAGUGUGGGGAUGCGAGUAGCUGCGAGGAGACUGCGACCAAAGAUGCAACAAACGGAAGGAAAGAAACGUCAGGAACGGAGAGCCAAGCCCAGAGAAUACAACAGACGCAAUCGGUGCCACAGCUGCAACCUGCCGACACGCAAGCCGACAGAAGAGUCGAGGCCAGCGCCGACAACUCCGACUCGUUCAGCAAUCAAAGGGUAUACAAGAAAUCGUCAGCGAACAACAAGCUCACACUCUAUUUAGCGAGCAGAGACUUGAUAGUCAGCGAGUCGAGGAUCGACAAAUUGCAGGGCGUACUAUUGGUUGACCCUGACUACUUGCAAGACAAAAAGGUGUACGGCCAAAUUACGUUGACUUUUCGCUACGGAAGAGAGGACGAGGAGGUAAUGGGAUUGAAAUUCUGCAACGAGGCGGUUAUGUGUUUGGCGCAAUUGUAUCCGCCGUUCUCCGGAACUGAUCAGGAGACGACGCUGCUUCAGGAGGCGUUGGUGAAGAGGUUAGGGCCCAACGCUCACGCAUUUACUAUGGAAAUUACGCCGUUAGCACCCCCCUCGGUGCAAUUGGUGCCUGCGAAGGAGUAUAAUGGAGCCCCGAUAGGCACCAGCUACGACGUCAGAGCUUAUGUGGCUGAACGAGCGGACGAGAAGCUUCACCGAAAAACGACCGUCAGGAUGGGCAUCAGGGUGAUACAACGUACCUCGAAACCACCCCUGCCUGCCACCACGGUCUACAGCGUGCCUGUGUCCGCGACACCCUCUCCUGGACCCAGAACCCAAACCUGUCAGACCAGGGUCACCUUCGCCGAGAACGAGAUAGCAGAGGACGAGGAAAACAUGGGACCACACGCUGCAGUGGAGAAACCGUUUCUAUUGAGCGAUGGUCGCGUCGGCUUGGAAGGAAGGCUGGAUCGUGCGGUUUACGGUCACGGAGAUCCCAUCACGGUUCAUGUCAACGUCACUAACAACAGCAGUAAAUCCGUCAGGAGGAUCAAGGUUUUUAUCGUGCAACACGUAGACGUUUGCAUGUUCAGCAACGGCAAGUUCAAGAACGUGGUGGCCUUGUUGUCCUCGCAAGAAGGCUGUCCGAUAGGUCCUGGAGCAUCUAUGAGAAGAAACUACACUCUACGACCCAUCAAGGGCUCGACCAAAAACUGGAUCGCUCUGGAGGACAGUUACGCGAGGGCAGGUGCCACCCUAGCCUCGACGGUCGUUUGUCCUGGAAACGGGCCAGAGGACAGGAACGUUUUCGCGAUAUACGUCUCGUACUACGUCAAGGUGAAGCUACUAAUCACGGCGAUGGGUGGAGAAGUGUCCCUGAAGUUGCCGUUCACGUUGAUGCACAGCAACACGGAUCCAGAUCUGGUGGGUUUUCCUUCUCCCGUCAGAGAAUCUACGAAGCUCGGGGGAAAAACAAGCGACGAGGUCACGGACACUCUGGAAAGACAAGAGGACAACGGACACAGAUACAGAUCCAGCAAACUGGAGCCGAUUAAAGAGAAAUCGAAGGAAUCUAGAGACGUCGACGUGGAUCUGAUAGAACACUGUGAGGAGGGUGACAGCACCUGAGGGCAGGUGCAAACAAUCGAGACAACGCGAUCAUCAACAAGGAACAACAGUGGUGCGAGAAACGUGAAGAACUCAAUCCACAAGAACUGCAAACUGGGCUUUAAUAUUCAGAGAGCUUGGUGCUGUUUCAGAAGAGCUUCUUAGUAAAGGACGAGAAAUUUUACGACGAAGAAAUUGAGACCAGUCUGUCGCGGAAAGAUGAUCGCUUUCCGAUUGAAUUUCACGCAAUUCAACUUCAAAUGCGACUAAAGAUGCUCAGGAGCCAGCAUCGUCUUUUCCUUACCACCAGAAUGGUGGAUGGGAACGAUCUAUAAGUUUUGGUGAUUUAUAUCGCACAUAUAUUUCUAAAAUGAAUUUACGAAUUACUUGAAAUACGUGAUUUUUAAGUUACCAUUAUGAAAAUGUAUGAUAAGCAUUUCAUUAUCAUCUAGCGAUGCUUAUCUAUUUAAUUAGAGAUUACAAAAAUAUAACAUCAACACAAGCAUGGUUUAACUCUAUUCGAUGUUAAUUGAUUUGAUCCUGAUAUUGAUAGUCUUCAAGGAGACAGAAUAUAAUAUAGGAGGGCAUAUAUAAAAGAAAUUAUAUGGGAAGAACUAGUUUAGUAAAUUAGUCCAGAAAAAGCAUCGAUGAUUGCAAGGUAUGUACUUAUAUGUAUAACUUUUGCAGCAUGUAGAAUGCGUGAUUGUAAUUAAAACAUUUGCUUUUUUAAAUAUUACUUCUCCUGAAAAUGUUACUUUUCUAAGUAGCAUCACUUUACAAAUAUAUGUGCGAUAUAUAUUUUACAUGCGAAGAAUUUUGUUAAUAACGCAAGAAUUAUAUAGUUUCCUCUUCUUCUAUUAAUGACAUGUAUUUCUGUACAUGGAAGAAAAGAAAACAGUUACAUUCUUUAUAAAACGAAUCGAAUAAUUUCUAGGUACAAUUUAAGAAACAUUUCCAUUUCUGCCAAUGAGGAUACAUUACAAAUUCGUGCAAUUCCAAUGCACGAUAUUCCUAAGGUGAAAGUCAUACUGCCCUCCUAACUGUUCGCAACCCAAAAUCAUGCACUGUAAAAUGUAUUCAUCUAAACACACCUGCGAGUCAAUUGUAAACACAGAUCAAUGAAAGAAAAGAUCUCAAAUCUAUUUUUUUAGACAACAAAUGUCUUAUGCUACUAACUUAAUUUUUAUUUGCUUUCAAAUGAAUGUUCUGUGUAAUUAAAAUAAAUACUACGUAAGUCAUUGUCCCUUAUAAAAAAUAAGUUAGUCCAGCCUAAAUAAUCUACACCAUUGUAUAUGAAAUACAUGCUGAGAUGCAAAGCUGUACAGACUAUGUCUUUACCACUGUAAAUAGUUAAUUAUUUGAAUAUGUCUGUAUAAGAAUACUAUUGCCUAAUAUUGUAAAGCUUCUAAAUGAUUUAUCAUUAAAUGAGAUUUUUGCGUAAGACUUAAAUGCAAAUUGCAAUUUUCAUUCUCUAACUGAAGACAUCCUAGAGAACUAUAGAUGUUUUUGAGGAAAUCAAGACAUUCUAGAACAACAUGUGAGCCCAAAUAAAUAUAAUACUGUGUGUAGAAAAUAAAUGAUUGCAGCAUUCUUAUGUUUUUAACAUAGAUUCGCUAUUUAUACAAAAUAUUAAAUUUCUAUCCUCAAAUAGAUACAUAGAAAUCAAAGAAACAUUUCUCUAAUAUAAUAAUUGAAUCAAAAAGUAAAACCAUUGCAAACA